CGCAUGCGCAGUCGGGGCGAUCCUCCUCCCUGAAGAGAGUGACUCUGUCCUGGUUCGCGGCGGGUUGUGUUUUUUUUCUUUCCCUUCCCUGUCAUGGCUGCCGAAGACCAAAGGAAGGCGACCUGAGGGAAAAGAAAUGAGUUGGUUCAACGCCUCUCACCUCUCGACCUUCGCCAAGCAGGCCCUGUCGCAGGCGCAGAAGUCCAUCGACCGGGUGCUGGACAUCCAGGCCGGAGAGGAAGAGGAGGAAGGAAGCCCCCGGGUCAGGCCUGGAGAGGCGGGAACCAAUUCUCUUACAACUGGAGGUUGGGAUUCUUCAACAUGGGGAACCAACUCAGUUGUAGAACCCCAAAGUCUGCCAAUAUCAUCUCCUACAGCCAUCACCAAGCCAGUUAGGAGGACUGUGGUGGAUGAAUCAGAUACAUUCUUUAGUGCCUUUCUCUCACCAACUGAUGUACAGAACAUACAAAUAAGCCCAGUGGUAUCUACACCACCCACCAAAUCCCAGCGCCCCAAAGAAGAAGUAAAAAGCACAAUACAGGAAUCUCUUGAUGCUGACUCACCAGAAGCAGAGGAUUUCCCUGCAACUUCAACUGUGGAACUGAUAGACUUCAGUGAUUCUCAGGAAGCAGUAGAAGGAAAUAAUUCUGUUUCUAUUACUGAAGAUGUGUGUGAUGAAAACAAUCCUAAAGAUGAUGAUCGAAAGGAAUCUCCUGACAACCCAAAAGAAGCAGACUCCACUGUUGUGGUGAAUUCCAGUUCAGGAGGCAAUGGGCCUGAACUUACACCUGACCUCUCUGCACAAUCUCUGUCUUCAGAGGCAAAAAAUGUGGCCCUGGACACAAAAGAACGCAAAAGCGAGGAUCGGCAAAGUAAUACACCUUCCCCUCCGGUUAGCACUUUUUCCUCGGGGACAUCCACAACUAGCGACAUUGAAGUUCUGGACCAUGAAAGUGUAAUAAGUGAGAGCUCAGUGAGUUCAAGGCAAGAGGCUUCUGAUUCAAAAGCUAGUCUUCAUCUCAUGCAAACUUCAUUCCAGCUCCUCUCAGCGUCUGCAUGCACUGACUAUAACCGUCUAGAUGACUUUCAGAAAUUGACUGAAAGCUGCUGCUCCUCUGAUGCUUUUGAAAGGAUUGACUCAUUUAGUGUGCAGUCUUUAGACAGUAGAAGUGUAAGCGAAAUAAACUCAGAUGAUGAAUUGUCAGGUAGGGGAUGUAUUUCGGCAUCUGUCAACAUCAGCACCCCUGUACUGAAAAGUGAUGAGACGGAAUCUGUUAAAAGCAAGCCUGAUCAAAUCCAAAAUGAGCCUCUUGCGCUACCUGCAGAAGAAAUAGAAAUGGAGGAAAGUGGGAGAAGUGCAACACCUGUGAAUUCAGAGCAGCCAGAUGUCUUGGCUGUUUCUUUGCAGAUUGAUCAAAGACAGAUACAAAAAGAGGAACCAGCGGUAUUUCAGCCCAGUCCUGGAAAGUUAAGUAAUGCAGAAUGUGAAAAAGAAGAGCUGUGCAAGAUUAUUGAUUCGUUGACGGAGAAACUGGAGAUGAGGGAAACUAGACUAUUAAAUAUUAGUAAAGAGAAGGCAUCUUUAGAAGAAGCUUAUGAUAAUCUUAAAGAUGAAGUCUUCAAAAUGAAGGAAGAGAACAGUAGUAUUUCGUCUCUUAAAGAGGAGUUUGCUCAGCGAAUUGCGGAUGCAGAGAAAAAGGUUCAGUUAGCAUGCAAAGAGAGAGACGCUGCUAAAAAGGAAGUAAAGAAUCUCAAAGAAGAUCUAGCAACUAGAUUGAACACUAAUGAAACUGCUGAAUUACUAAAGGAGAAAGAUGAACAAAUCAAAGGAUUAUUGGAGGAAGGAGAAAAGCUUUCCAAACAACAGUUACAAAGUUCUAAUAUCAUCAAGAAGCUAAGAGCAAAAGAGAAGGAAAAAGAAAAUAUUAAUACAAAGCAGAGUAAAAAAAUUCAGGAAUUUGAAGAGGAGUUGCAGCAUCUUAAGCAGGUAUUGGAUGGCAAGGAGGAACUUGAGAAGCAGCAUAGAGAGAACAUAAAGCAGCUAAAUAGCCUGGUUGAACGCCAAGAGAAAGAUCUUGUCAGACUCCAUGCUGAUCUCGAAGAUCUUGAAGAGAGAAACCGAAGUGUUCAGGCAGCUCUCGAUGGUGCAUACAAAGAACUUGCAGAUCUUCAUAAAGCCAAUGCUGCAAAGGACUGUGUGGCCCAAGAAGCAGCCCUAAGUCAUGAAAUCAAAAUGAAGGAAGAGCUGGGCUUAGCUUUAGAAAAAGCACAAGAGGAAGCUCGGCAGCAGCAAGAAGCGUUAGCAAUUCAGGUGGCUGACUUGAGACUGGCCUUGCAACGUGCGGAGCAACAAACAGCUAGAAAGGAGGAUUACUUGCGCCAAGAAAUUAGCGAACUUCAGCAGAGACUUCAAGAAGCGGAAUCUCGUAACCAAGAGCUAAGUCAAAGUGUUACAUCUGCUACACGGCCUCUGCUCCGACAGAUAGAAAACUUGCAAGCAACCUUGGGAGCACAAACUUUGGCCUGGGAGAAGUUGGAGAAGAAUCUCUCUGAUAGGCUUGGGGAAUCUCAAACUGCCCUGGCAGCACAGACUGAAAGAGAACGCGCAGCUACAGAAGAACUUCUUUCCAAUAAAAUCCAGCUUUCUUCCACUGAGUCUCAAAAUAGUAUCCUGAGGCAAGAGAAUAACCGCCUCCAAGCUCAAUUAGAAGGAGAGAAAACCAGGCUUAAGAAACUAGAAAAUGAAAACAACAGGUAUGAAGUUGAGCUAGAAAACCUCAAGGAAGAAUACGUGAAAACUGUUGAAGAAGCAAAGAAAGAAAAGAUGCUGUUAGCUACUCAGCUAGAAAUGGAAAAAAUGAAGGUUGAACAAGAAAAAAAGAAAGCCGUUUUUGUACAAGAAUCAGCAAGAGAGAAGGAACGUAAAUUAUACAUUUCAUCAGCAAUAGAAACUGUCUCAAGUACUCCAUCGCUUUCACGUUCAAGCUCUGUAAGUGGGGCUGAUAUGGCUGGUCUCCAGGCAUCCUUCAUAUCUCAGGAUGACCCUCAUGAACAUUCCUUUGGAUCAUUGUCUACAAGUGGGAACAACCUAUAUGAUGCUGUUAGGAUGGGAGCAGGGUCAAGUAUUAUUGAAAAUCUGCAAUCACAAUUAAAAUUACGGGAUGGAGAGGUUUCUCACCUACAGCUGGAGAUUGGAAACCUUGAGCGAACUCGGUCAAUAAUGGCAGAGGAGUUGGUCAAAUUAACAAAUCAAAAUGAUGACUUAGAAGAAAAAGUAAAGGAGAUUCCCAAGCUGCGUGCACAAUUAAGGGAUUUGGAUCAGAGAUACAAUACUAUUCUCCAGAUGUAUGGCGAGAAAGCAGAAGAGGCAGAAGAGCUGAGGUUGGACCUUGAAGAUGUAAAAAAUAUGUACAAGACUCAGAUCGAUGAACUUCUGAAACAAAGGCACAGUUAAUUCAGAAGUUGCCACUUGGGAAAAAAACCUGUUGUAUUAAACUGUAGAAGUGUAUAAAUUCAAAUAUCUUGUAAAAUGUGUACUAUAGAGUGAUUAUACUGUAGAGUUCACUUGUUGGCCAGAAUCCUUUUGGUUUCAUGAUGGCUGGCUCUGUGCAAUUAAAUUAUUUGUUAAUAUUAAAGAUUUUAUAUCUAUACCUUAAAGCUAAUUUAAAUGGCAAGCAGACUGUCUUAAGUCUAUAUAGUAGUGUGUGACAGAUCUUUCAGAGGUGAGAAAUUUUGACAGCGAAUAUUUAAUCCCUGUGAUAAUUCUGUGACAAUUACCUGGUUGUUAUGCUGAAUUUUUCCUAUUGAAAUGAAUGUUUGGAAGAGAAAUAUAUUGAUUUUGUAAAAGAUACAUGCUGUACAGAUAGUAUUCACUUCUUUUGCAGUCUGAAAUGGGAGGCUUGGGUGCUUUUACGACACUUAAAAAAGCUGUAUUUGUAUUUAUAUUGUGGUGCCCUAACCAGACAAUGAACUGUUUGCUUUCCACAAUGCCAGACAGUUGCCUUUCCUCCCAGCAAAGCCGAGUGGUUUACAUGCUAAUAGUAACCAAACUCCCUCCUAUUAAGUAAAAUGCAACUCUAGUAUUCUGUUUGGUUUUUUAAAAACAGUUUGGCAGUCUUUCUAAAGCAUAAUACACUGCCACUUAGAAGUAAGCUGCCUUUCAAAUUCAGUGGGUUUCAACUUUGGUGAAAAGGCCAUGCAGCAGUCAGGGGGAGAAAUUCCCCAAUAUUGUUGCUGAUUCUUUUAGUGUAUAUGUGUGCACUUUAUUUUCAAAAGUGAAUAAAUAUGUUCAAGAUGCUGUCAA